AUGGCACCAAUGGCACUGGUCCUCAUCCUGGGUUGGUGUCUGGUGGCAGCCAGUGGGGCACAGCACCUGCCCCGACCCUCCCUGUGGCUGCACCCCAGCCAGGGGGUGUCCUUGGGAGACACUGUCACCCUGCGGUGCCACCUGCCCAGGCCAGCUGCCGUGGUCUGGCUGUACCAGGAUGGACAUUUGAGAUCCAGUAAAAACACGGACAAAGAACAGUCCAUGGUUGAGUUCUCCUUGGGUAGAAUAAAUGCAGAAGAUGCAGAGAAAUACUGGUGCCAGUACCGGGCUUUGGAGCCACCAGGGAUAUCAGAGAAGAGUGACCCUGUGGAGCUGGUGGUGACAGAUCACAGAUAUCCCCCACCCGGGAUUUCCUUGAGCCCUGACGAACACGUGGAGACGGGGACCAAUGUCACCAUCCGCUGCUGGAAGAAGGACUAUGUGGCCGCCUUCCUCCUGCACAAGGACGGGCACUCAGCCCCUAUCCAGCACCAAAACCCCAGUGGUGGGGGCACAGCCACCUUCACCCUCUAUGGGGUGACCCCAGCCGACUCUGGCACCUAUAGGUGCUCCUACCUCAUCAGAGGUUGCUGCUUUCUGUCCUCACCCCUG